AAAAGGUCGGCAAUUAUAUGAGUAAAACUGUAACCCCCACUGAAACUCGUCAGUCAUCACUCUCACCACCACCCCCCUGAAAAAGCUGAAACCGUUCUUUCCCUUCUUUUCUCCAUCCAUAAACUCAGUAACUCACCCAAGCACCCACCAACUCUCUCUCUCUCUAUCUAUCUAUUUAUGUACAUAUAGGUUUUCUCUCUCUACAAUGGCUCAACCUUUCUCCUUAACCAUUCCCAAACCCACUUCCAUCUUCACUCCAUUACCAUGGCCCUCAUGUACCUUCCUCUUUGUGGUCAUCCUCUGCAUUCUAGGGCUCUACACCCUCCACCACCACCCACUACCACCACACUCAACUAUGACACAGGCCAAAACCUCCCAAAAUACCCUCCACUUUCGAAACCUUUUCCUCUCCUCCGCCACCAACUACACACUCUCCUCCUACCUCCGCGCCCUCACCCUCCACCCCCACCUCGCCGGCACCGAGCCCGCCCUCCGAACCGCCCUCUACGUCCAGAACCACUUCGAGGACCUAGGGCUAGAGACCCACGUCAAAGACUACAAUGCCCUCCUCUCUUACCCUACGCACGCCUCCCUCUCCGCGUACUUUAGCAACGGCACGUUCAGAAACCUCCCCUUGACCGAACCCGGUGGGUCCCGCAACGACGGCGUGGUGCGGCCGUACCACGCCUACUCGCCCUCCGGCGCCGCGUACGCUAAGGCCGUGUUCGUGAACUACGGGAGGGAGGUGGACUACCGUGCGCUGGCGGCGCUGAGGGUGAGCGUUAGUGGGUGCGUGGCGGUGGUGAGAAGGGGGGAGGCCUCCAGGAAUGCGGUGGUGGAGGCAGCGGCAGAGAGAGGGGUGGCGGUUGUGCUAAUGUACACAGAAGGGGAGAGGUUUAGGAGUGGGGUGGAGAGAGGGACGGUGAUGAGAGGUUUGGGGGACCCAUUGACUCCUGGCUGGGCUGGUGUUGGUGAUGGAGAGAGGUUAGAGAUGGAGGACAGUGAGGUUUUGAUGAAAUUCCCAAAUAUACCGUCCAUGCCCAUAUCUUUUGAAACAGCAGAGACCAUAUUGAGGUCGCUUGAGGGGGCCAGGGUGCCCUAUGAAUGGAGGGGUACUCUAAAGUCUAAGGUCCGCAGGGUUGGUCCCGGUCCGACUAUGCUAAACUUCACUUACCAGGGGGAGAAAAAGAUGGCAACAAUUCAUAAUGUAUUUGCUGUAAUAAGGGGAUCAGAAGAGCCUGAUCGUUUUGUACUACUAGGAAACCAUAGAGAUGCAUGGACUUAUGGAGCGGUUGACCCCAAUAGUGGAACUGCUGCCCUGCUUGAUGUUGCUCGACGUUAUGCUCUUCUGAUGCGCUUGGGAUGGAAUCCUCGAAGGACAAUCAUUCUCUGCAGCUGGGAUGCAGAAGAAUUUGGGAUGAUAGGAUCUACUGAAUGGGUUGAGCAAAACCUUGUGAAUUUGGGGUCUAAAGCUAUAGCCUACCUCAAUGUGGAUUGUGCGGUUCAAGGGCCUGGACUCUUUGCUGGUGCAACUCCUCAGCUAGACGAUCUCGUUGUUGAGGUCAUAAAGAAGGUUAAGGAUCCUGAUUCAGAGGACAUGACAGUAUACGAGAAGUGCACAGUUACCAAUAAAGGCAUCAACAUUCAGAGACUCAGUGGAGUAGAUUCAGAUUUUGCUCCAUUUCUGCAGCAUGCCGGGGUUCCUUCUAUUGAUUUAUACUAUGGCAGAGAUUUUCCCGUCUAUCAUACUGCUUUUGACUCGUAUAGCUGGAUGGCAAACUAUGGAGAUCCAUUGUUUCAUCGUCAUGUGGCCGUUGCAGGAAUUUGGGGACUUCUUGCACUUCACCUGGCAGAUGAUCCAGUUCUACCUUUAAAUUACCUCACUUAUGCAGUUCAAUUGCAGGAUUAUACAAAUGUCUUGAGCAACUUUUUGGAAAGGAAUGUCUCCUUAAAUCCUAUAACUGCAUCAAUUCAACAACUUGUGGCUGCUGCUAAAGAAGCCAAGGAGGAAGCAAAGAAACUGAGGGAGCAAGAAAUUGUGGAUGAUCUUUUGGUGUUGAAAAAGCGAAGAUUAAAUGAUCGACUGAUGUUAGCUGAGAGAGGCUUCUUGGAUGCAGAAGGGCUUCAAGGAAGGCAGUGGUUCAAGCAUCUGGUUUACGGGCCUCCUAGAAAACAUGAGAGCAAACUUUAUUUCUUCCCUGGAAUAGUUGAUGCUAAUUCUGGAUUUAAAAGAAUGAGCAAGAGAGAACGGCAGGCAGCAACUCAGCAUGAGAUCUGGAGGGUUGCCAGGGCCAUUCAAAGGGCUGCUUCUGCUUUGAAAGGAGAAUUAUAAAGAGGGAACCAAAAAUGGAUGUUGGACGGGAGAAACCUACGAGCCUCUGCUAUUUCAGAGUAUAUGAAUGAAUCAUCUCUCCCACCCAACCAAGAAAUUCAUAUAUUGAGAGUCGAAAGCCAGUCGUUUAAUUUACCAAUUUGUGUUGUCAAAUUUUUUUUAUAUUUGGUUGUCGAAUGCCUUGUUUGCUUGUGUAUUACUAAUUGAUUGAUAAAAUGAAUCACAAGUCAAUAAUAAGUUUGGAACAUAUUUAGUUCAA